AUGGCUUUAGAUUGUAAAGAGAUGCUUGGUAACUCGCUGAUUUUAAUGGGAGAUAUUGGAGCGAAUGACUACUAUUACCUGUUUUCCAAGGAUUUGAUCGAUUUGGGAGGCAAAACCUUUGUGGUUCCAGGAAGCUUUCCAUAUGGAUGUUUCCCCGCUUAUCUUACUCUAUUUCAAACCUCAAAAGAAGAAGAAUACGACCCUCUUACAGGUUGCCUCUCAUGGCUCAAUGAGUUCGGAAAUAACCAUGAUGAACUGCUCAAGACAGAACUCAAACGACUCCGGAAACUCUACCCUCAUGUCAACAUCAUUUAUGCUGACUACUACAACUCUAUGUACCGGUUUUUCCAAGAACCAGCCAAAUACGGGUUUAAGGAGAGACCUUUGGGUGCUUGUUGUGGAAUAGGAGGUCAGUACAACUUCACUAUUGGUAAAGAGUGUGGAUACCAAGGAGUUGGGUAUUGUGAAAAUCCGUCUGAGUAUGUUAAUUGGGAUGGUUAUCAUUUAACCGAAGCAACGCACCAGAAGAUGGCUCAUGGCUUACUCAACGGUCCCUAUGCAACUCCUGCUUUCGAUUGGUUUUGCCUUGGCUCUGCAUCUGUGGAUACAGAAUCUCAUUUUACUAGUUGA